AUGAUGGCUGAUCAAAUUUUCAACUGUGAAGGUUAUGAAGAUAUUUCAAACUACAUUUAAUCCAACAAUCAGGAUUCUUUGCCACUAAGUUUUUGCAAUUUCUAAGAAAACUUUAACUACGAAGACAACACAACUGAAAUGGAAGUACUUUUUGAUUUGAAUAACGAAGAUGUAAUUAUGGAGAGUGAUCAAGAGGAGAAGUAAGAAAUUUAUUUACAUAGAAUCAAAAUAAAAGAAAAAUUGGAAAACGUAUUUAGAAGAUAAUUGAAGAAGGAAAAAAAAUCAAAGUUUUAGAAUGAAUGCCGUUAUAUCGUUGGAGAUGCAAUUUAAGCUAUGGAAAAUUUUGAUUUACCUCUAGAAGUUGUAAAAUAUUAUAGAAGAAUUGCUUCAUCAAUAAUUGGAUUUCAAGCAUUAAAAUAGCAUCUAAUAUUGAAUAAAGAUGAUUCAAAUGAAACCGUAUAAAGAAAAAGAAUUUUCUAAAGCUACUUAAUUGAGUUUUUAUAAAAAAAAGCAUCUUUAUACAUCUUAAAAUCUAGGAAGAAAUAGAAAUUAAGAUAAUAUUUGUAAUACAAAAAUAAGAUAAUGAUGUUCUAUGUAAAGUACCCUGAAUAAUGGCAAAGAAAUGAAUUACCCCAUUUUGAUUAGCAGCAGCAUUGUCAAUCGUAACACCUAUUGGAUUGA